CCCACCGCGACCAUGGCCAGCUCCGCCCCUCCCCAAUGGCCUCCCGAAGUCACCGACGAGCAGCGCGAGGCCCUCACCCUGCUCGCGACCACAUAUGCGCUCUCGCACGGGCUCGUCUACCUGCCUCCGACGGAUGGCGCGCAGCCCCCGGCGCCGACCGCUGUGAUCCACGCGCCGCUCGCGCUCUUUCCCUCGCCGUUCCCGCGCAGGCAGUUCGAGCUCGCGCGGAGCCUGCAGAGCCACUAUAAUGGAAUGUAUGCACGUAUCGCGAUGGCCGAGGAUUUCCUCGACGCCGUCAUGGGCGCGGAGGUCGGCGUCGGGCGCGUAGACGAGUUCACGGGGCAGCUAUGGAAGAUAUGGAAGCGACUGCGUAGCGAAGGGAUUACUCAGCUUCGCCAUCUAGGUCUCUUCAGAUCAGACUACCUGCUGCACACGCCCGAGGAAGGCGGGGCUCCCCAACUGAAGCAGGUUGAGUUCAACACCAUAUCCUCGUCGUUCGGGGCGCUAUCGCAGAAUGUCGCCCAGCUGCACAGGCAUUUACUGGCUAAAACGGAGUACUAUAACAGCUCUCCCGUCUUGAAACUGGAGAACAUGCCGCCCAAUGAUACUAUCGCCGGCCUGGCAGAAGGCUUGGCUGCCGCCCACAAGGAGUACGGCUCCCCGUCCGCAUGGAUCCUCUUCGUCGUGCAAAAUGGUGAGAGGAACGUAUUCGACCAACGGUGGCUAGAAUACGAACUGCUGGAGAAGCAUUCGAUACGCGUCGUGCGGCAAACGUUCGAGCAGCUAGCCGUCUCUGCGCAAGUAGUGCCGACGUCGCGAAUUCUUCGGCUCAAGCUGCCCGGGCAACUUCCUCGCGGAGCAGAGUCCGUUGAGAUCUCCACGGUGUACUUCCGUGCGGGGUACACGCCAAACGAUUAUCCGACUCCGGCGCAUUACGAAACACGAUACCUGCUGGAAAGCACUGUCGCUACGAAGUGCCCUUCCGUCCAACUCCAGCUUGCGGGAGGGAAGAAGGUCCAACAGGUGCUCACACAACACAUUCACUACGAACGUUUUGUCUGCCCGCCUGCGCGUGCGGCAUCAGGUCACCCAGUAUGUCAGAGUUGGAUGGGCAUGUGGGGCUUGGACGAGAACGGCGACCAAGGCGUGCAGAAGGCGCGUCAGCAAGCUCAGAACCUGGUCCUCAAGCCACAGAGAGAAGGUGGGGGAAACAAUGUGUACAAAGGAGACAUACCCGCAUUCCUGGACACCCUUCCUCGCGAGGAACGAGAAGCGUGGAUCGCCAUGGAGCUCAUCCGCACACCUGAAGGCCUCGGGAACUACCUGGUACGCGCAGGAGGUGGGACCGAGGGCGCCGUGAAGACCGAGGUGGUGAGCGAGCUGGGCAUCUUUGGUUGGGCGUUAUUUGGAGGUUCGGAUCGUGCGAUACUGGAGAAGGAGGUGGGAUGGCUGCUGCGAACGAAGGGCAAGGACAGUAACGAGGGCGGUAUUGCGGCUGGGUUCUCGGUCCUGGACUCAGUCGUGCUGUACGACUAGAGGUCUCUAGAGACGUACAAGAAGAAGUAUAUACAUG